AAAUUUCAGUCAGUUGUGUUUGGCGUAUUCAAUGGCACAGAAGUGCCUGACAGCUGAGUGAAAGUGGUACGAAAUAAUAGAAAAUUAAAAAUUACAAAUUAAAUAUAAAGAAAAAAUGCUAAUAUCUUAAACCACACAUACAACUUAAUUAUAUAAAAACGUGUGAAUAUUAGCAAAAAAUAACAGCCGUUUUUUAAAUAAUUAAUUACCGCUAUUGUUUUUUUUAACAAAUAAAAUAAAAAAGAAAAUGUUUUAUUUAAAAUGAAAUGGUUUCAACACAGUGUGUAAUGGAAUAAAAGUUAAAAUUUCAUUAAAAAUUAUUUCCAAAAUGAGAUAAAUAUAAGAAAUGCAGGAAAAAUUAAACUCGCAAAUAGAGAAAUUAAAAAUUAGAAAAUUAAUAAAUGUGUUGAAAAACAACAACAACAAAAUAAAUAAAUAAAUAAACGUGUCAAUAUUAAAUGUUUUCAUGAUGAAAAAUAUAAAAACAACAACAGCAACAAAACUAACAAUAAAAACAAAUGUGUAUACCCCCAAAAAGGCAACAAUAACAACAACAUUAGCAACAGCAGCACACAUUAUAGCAGCAGCAAAUAAAACAGCAACAACAACCAAAAUAGAGAGAUGAGAAUAAAAAACAUCAACGUCAAGCCAACAGCAGCAAGCAUCAGACGCAGAAGCGACAAAGCGCCACACUAACAAGUAACAGACAACAACAGCAUUAUUUAGGACGUGUAUUUUUAUCAGGAAGGAAACAUCUGAAUAAAGCCGGUUUUUUUUUAAAUUGAAAUACAUAAAAACAUAAAAGAUAAAAGUUAAAAUAUAAAACUAAAUAGAAAAAACCCUUAUUAACCUUAUUUUAAGUGUUUUAAAUUAAAAUAAAUCUAAAAAAAAUCUCAAAUUAAAUGUGAAAUCUAAAAAAAAAAACUACUUGAAAAUUAAGAGAAAAAAAAACGAACGAAAAAAAAUACCUACAACCUACAUUCUAUUCUUGUGCUUUUUUUAUUCUGCUUCUUCUACAAACUACAAAAUCUACAAACGCCCUCGCAUCUUCUUCUGCAUUUACAUAGUUGAUGUUUCUUCAUAGAAGAUGCCCGGACUUGUUGUUUUUAGAAGACGCUGGUCGGUAGGCUCAGAUGAUCUAGUGGUGCCUGGAGCAUUUCUAGUAACCAUACAUUUUUUAUGUGUGAUAACUGUAAUUGUAUCAUUGGCCAUUUUUGAUUACGAUACCAGUAUAACAGAUGUUAAAUUACUUUUUUAUCAUCAAAUUGGUUAUUUAGCUAUAUUAAGUAUUUCAUUAUUUAUAGAAAUAGGAAUAUGUAUUAUUUCAAUGCGUGGCAGUAUAUUGGACUCUGAUGUCAGGGCACCAAUAAAUAUAUGGAUUUAUAUAAAAACUGUGGUAAUGUUAUUCGAUAUUGCCUGGUUAAUUAUGGGAACACUAUGGCUAACAAAAUAUUAUUUAGAAUCAACUGUUGUUAGUACGGAAAAGAGAAUAUUUUUUGCAAUUAUUGUCUCAAACUGGGCUUUGGUAUUUGUUACAAUGGCGACCAUAUGGUGUACCUUUGAUACAGCUGGCCGUUCUUGGGUUAAAAUGAAGAAAUAUCAGAGAUCAAUGCGAGAGACGGAGUCACGUUUCAAUUACAAACGCAGUAAUAGCAUGAAUCGCAAUUGGCGUCAAAGAAAAGUAAUUCGUGCCUAUCAGGACAGUUGGGAUCAUCGUUGUCGUUUGCUUUUCUGCUGCAUUGGUUCUUCCGAACGUAAUCGUAACUCUUUCACCGAUAUAGCACGUUUAUUAAGUGACUUCUUUCGUGAGCUCGAUGUAGUGCCCUCCGAUGUUGUGGCUGGUUUAGUGCUGUUGCGCAAAUUUCAACGUUUAGAACGUGAAGCUGUAGUAAGACAACGAAAAAAUGGUACCUAUGAAUUUCUAAGCGGUGUACCCAUAACAGAGAGGACUCAGUUUUUGGCUUUAAAUGAUGCGAAGAAUUAUGAUUUCUUUCAAACGGUUAUACAUUAUAUGUAUUUUGCCCAGGGUGCUUAUGGUUGGCCCAUGUACUUUAUAGUAAAUCGUUCAAAUAUGUUUAAUUUAAUACCGGAAUUGAAAUGCUUUGGUUGUUGUCUUAAUCCCACCAAUGAAGCGGAAAUUAUCCAGGACAAUUGUUGCUAUUGUAAUUAUGCUGCUCUCAAGAAAACCCUACAAGUGGGCGAUAUUGAAAUCGUCUAUGUCACCUAUCAUGUGGAUGUGGGCGAAACACCAUUUUUCGUUGCCAUCGAUUAUACCCAAAAGAAAAUUGUUGUCAGCAUACGUGGUACCUUGAGUAUGAAAGAUAUCCUAACGGAUCUAAAUGCCGAAGCUGAAGUGUUACCUUUGAAUCCACCUCGUGACGAUUGGUUGGGUCAUAAGGGAAUGGUUCAAGCGGCAAUUUAUAUACGUAAUAAAUUAGAAGAGGAAAAUAUCAUACGGAAUGCUCUCAACAAGAAUUUAGAACGUAAUACACAUACGUUCGGUUUAGUAUUAGUGGGUCAUUCGUUGGGUGCCGGCACAGCGGCCAUAUUGGCCAUAUUAAUGAAGGCCGACUAUCCAACAUUACAGUGUUUUGCAUAUUCUCCGCCAGGUGGUUUACUAAGUAUGCCAGCUGUAGAGUAUUCAAAAAAAUUUAUAACUUCAGUUGUUUUGGGUAAAGAUGUUGUACCUCGCAUUGGUUUAUACCAAAUGGAAGCUCUAAGAGCUGAUCUCAUAAAUGCCAUACAACGUAGUAUAGAUCCUAAGUGGAAAACUAUAUCAUGCUCAAUGAUAUGUUGUUGUUGUGGACCUGAACCUAAGUCCGUGGUAGAAAUGUCUGUUAAAGAUACUCAUAUUAAUAAAUAUCAAGAGGAACGCGAUUCAGCACGUUCAGCUAGUACUCAUCCCACAGAUAGUACCAUAGCUUUAACAAUACAUCAACCCCUGUAUCCGCCGGGACGUAUAAUACACAUAGUACGGCAUCAUCCCCGAGCAGAUGAGAAAAAAUAUGACAGAGGUUGGAGAAAUGUUUUAAAAAGUCGUGAACCAGUUUAUCAGGCUAUUUGGGCCGACAGCAUUGAUUUCGAUGAGGUUCUUAUAUCACCGGUUAUGCUGCAAGAUCAUAUGCCGGACAAAGUAUUGGCUGCCCUAAAAAAGGUAAUUUCAGAUGCUGCCGAUGACAAUACCUCCAUGAAUAGUUCAUACAAUUUCAAUGUUCACAUGAACGUUGUUACAACUAGUGGACCUCGCAAACCACAUCGCCAGGCAUCGAAUGCAUUCUCCACAACAUCGAAUGAUUUGUAUCGCAGCAAUCAAGAUGUCUACAGUUAUUAUAAUUGUUCAAACAUGGAACUACAUCAAACACAUCAUCACCAACAUCAACACAAUUCAAAUCAUAUGGGUUCCGAAUCGAAUGGUGCCUAUGGCAGUUUAGAUUCAAGGCCAAGUUUAAGUCAAGCUGAUGUACAAACACCCACGACUUCAUCUAUCACACAGCUGCAUCAACAGCAGCCAAGAGUAUGUCUUGAAACAUCAUUUACAAAUCUUCAUAGUCCUCAGAUGACUCAUAAACAUGCCCACUUUCCCGACAGUAUAAGUUCCAGUAAGGCCUCUUCGUUGGCGGGUAGUAUUUUAAGUCGCUCUCAAAUCAGCUGUAUACAGUACGACAUAUCAAGUGCAAUGGAGAAUAGUAUUACUACGGUAACACGCAAGAGUCCUAUUAAGAUGAGUACAGAAGUGGUUAAAGUGGAACAAGUGGAGUUGGUGUUACAACCGCCCAAAACUAAGUGUGUGGCAUUUGAGGAUACUCCUUCGCCGUUGAGGAAUCUGAAACGUCAACAUUCAGCCAAAAUAGAUAAGAAACCGAAAUCUUUACCCAUUCCACCACUAAGAAGAGCUUCUGAUGUUACAAACGGUGCCGAAACAGAUGAAUGGUUGGGUUUAGCACCUCUAGCCAGUCCAGAGACCCUAUCCGAAAUAUCAAGUAUAUCAUCACGUAAUAGUGUACGGAAUGGUCUAACCUCUAGCAUUGAACAUUAUUUGCACAAUGUCACCAAUAACAAUGUAGUCGAUAUUAAUGAUGUUUUCGAAUCACAAUUACACACGCCCACAGUUUUAAGGAGAGCACCCAAAUUUAUAGAAAAUCUGUCCAGUUGUGCCGAAGAUAGUCGUAAUAUAGACCAAUAUAAACGUAUGGGCCGGGUAAUUGUACCACCUCCUUUAUUUCCACCAGCCAUACAAGAUUCCAGCGAGGAGGAAGAUAGUUUUGCCUCAGCUAAUAGUUAUAAAAGGGUCUCCAAAACCACUACCACCACCACCACAAACACAAAUGGUGGUGAUCAUACUUUAGCUAAAGUUAAAAAUUCUUCCUCCAUACAUUGCCAUCGUAGACAAAAUUCUAAAUCAGCCGAUCAAUUAGACGAUGUUGUGGCCUCAACGAAUAAACAACAAAACGAGGGUAGUGUUGUACGCAAACUCACCUUUAGCGAUAGCAACAUUAUAAAUGACAACGACAAUGUAACGGCUCAUACUGAUAACAAUUCAUGUGCCAAGUGUUGCAAUAAACAUUGCAGCUGUAGCAAUCAAUUAAACAACCCCAAUACGGGUUCACAAGAUACCACAUUUUAUAGUGCAAAUUCAUCGAUCGAUUGUAUGAGUGCGAAAACUAAUUCAAAUCCUCUCAUUAUGCCAGAGGGUGUUUUAGAAUCGCAUUUUCCUCUACACCAGGAUGCAUUUACAAAUACAACGGAAUUGUAUGCGAAACACUAUUCGCCGUUGAGCAACGAUCAAGAUCAUUCGACAGCAUUACAGCAAAUAUCGAAAGUCGCUUUCAGUUCACCAGUGUCCACAAUGAGUCGUGGCAAAAGAAAAAACUGUAUAUAUCCUUCCGCCAUGUCAUCACAACCGCUGUACGCAACGGCCAGGGUUGAUAAUGUUAAACUUUAUACUACAACUACGAAUACUACAACUAAUACUAAUAAUAAUAACAACAAUACCACCACAAAUAUACCUGAAUUAACAAUUGCAAAUGGUUCUUCUAGUCCUAGUCCAAGAUCCCGAACACCUAACGAAAGUAGUGUUUAA